AUGUCAAAUAAAAUCCCAGCUUUAAUAACAAUUGGCGUAGAUAAAAAAAGUCUAUAAAAAUUUGACGAUAAACUUUAUCUAGGAAAUGGAGAAUUCAAAAUUUCAGGAUUGAAAGUAAGUGUUGAUAAAAACUAAAUAUGUGGAAUCUCUAUAACUUAUUAAAAUAUUAAAAAUGGUCAGAAAAUAGUAUGCAAUGAUACCUGCAUAACAGGAAAAAAUAUAAAUCAAUAUGAAUUUGAAAUAAAUCAAAGUAAUAAAAAAAUUAUAAAAUUAAGAUGAUUAUAUACAGGUGCUUUUUGGAUAUUAUGAAUCUGGAAUUAAUUAAUUAGGAAUAAUAACUUAUAAAGGUAAGUAAGUGAUUUUUGGAAAAGAGAAAGGUUAAAAAUUUAAUUAUAUGUUUAUGGGUUACACUUUUACAGGAUGUUGUGGUUCAUACAAAAAAGGAUGUGUAGAAUCUCUAACUUUUAGAGUAACUAAAUUACCAAAAGAAUUUUUAGUUUAACAGGCAUGUGUAUUUAAAUAUUGAUUUAAUUAGUUCACUCCUUUACUAGGAAUUCUAUAUCCAGAUAAUCCAUUUGAUAAUAUAGUACUUACUAAUUUUGAGUAAGAAUAACAAUGUUAAUAUGAAUAACAACCACAACCUGUAAUGUAGCCUAUGAUUUCAUCAGAGAUUAUGAAACCAAAUUAAUCUCUCUAAAUAAAAUCAGCUUGUCCUAUUCAAAAUCAAUAGGUUCCUUUAAAUUAGAUGUCUCCUUAUGAAAAUUCUUAUUAUUAAUAACCAAUUUAAUAAUAAGGAUAUUAUUAAUAAUAACCAAAUAAUUAGUAUUAAACAUCAUAGUAAGGAGUUAAUUAGGUUAUUGUAGUGGAUUAGUAAUAAUAACCAUAAUAAUAACAAUAUUAAAAAUAAGGCCCAGGAUUUGCUGGUACAAUGGCUAGAACUGCUAUGGGAACUUUUGCAGCUAUAGAAACUGUUAGAAUGAUUGAAAAUAUUGGUCAUAAUCAUCAUAAGGCAAAUGUGGUUAUUAUUGGUGGUAUAAUAUUCAUUUAGAUUAUGUAGGUAAUCAAAAUAAUGGACAUCAUAGACAUCAUCAUCAUCGCCGACAUCAUCAUCAUAGACGAUGA